AUGCGCGUCUUCAGCCUCGCCGCCAUCUCUGCCGCUGCUCUCCUCUCCCUGGUGCAAUACUGCCCAGCUCCAUUCGCCGCUGCUCUCGGACCCGCCCUGGGCAUGACUGCUGAGGCUAUCACCGCCGCUGACUCUGCUGUCGCCAGUAUGGCCAGCGGUGCCAUCGCUGGUGGCAUUAGCGCUGCAGCAGCCAAGAGCAAGGGCGGACACAAGCGUGGCGUCCCGGCUGGUUUCCCGCCGGGCGUGUCUGAGCAAGCCUGGGAGCAGUGCGAGAACCAGCUCAAGAGUGAGAAAAUCUAUCUGAAAGGAAAGCCUAACAAUGGCGUUGAAGCUGACGGCGUUCCUCCCGCUUGCAUGGAUCUCGCGACUCUGGUUACCGGCCACCCUACUCAGGAGGGUGGUCCUGUUCCGAUCGUCAUGGGCUCCGCGUCUCUGCUGUACAAUGGCCUGAGUCAGGCUGAGCUUGCUCAGCUUGGUCAAGUCCUGAAGGCAAAGGGUAUUAUCCACUGA